UUCCAUUUUUCACGUGUCUUCGCUUGAAAUGAUAAAAAAAUAUUUUUGAAAGAUACGGGUAAUAAUCCUUAAAAUUAAAACUCAGGAUACAUCUGAGUGUGUCGUGUGUCUUUGCUGUCAACAACCAGUCGAACAAAAUCCAUGUGUUUUGAUUUCAAAUAAUUGAAGUGUGCAUUUUUUGUUGAAAUUAUCAGCCUCAAUGUCUAAACACACCAAGGUUCACCGCAAUAUGAAAACAAAGUGGUGCAGAAGUUCCGAAAAAAUGUCGCAGCAUACUAUAGGCUUAUUUUGUAUUUACGUGUUAGAUCCGGAUAUGAUAUCCACCAUAUGUGAACCAGGGCAAAUUCUACGGUCAAGAGUGCAGGUCAGUGUCAACAUCCUGCUUAGCGAAGCGGUAACUGCGCUAAUGCAGAAAACAAGGAAGAUUGAGGUUAGGCACCAAAUUUCAAUUGCAGUAAACACCGAAAUCCAGCAAGCAAACAGCUACUGAAAACCCGCAUUGAAAAUCCCGAUGACCGGCGCACCUGCCGUAAACCGGAGCGUUUAACGAAAAAGACGGUCAAAGCCUUAGACAUCACGCGCAACAUUCCGAAAGUUGGUGCUUGAUUCCGUUUUCAUUCGGAACUAUAACUUACACUGGUUCCGUCACCAAGGUCGAGCAGGGAACUGACAUGAAUUUCCCAAAAGCCAUAACCACCGGAUGAAUCUGAAGUCAUGGGAACUUUCAACUAGGAGGUAGGCCAACUGAAUGGAAACCCGUUCCACGCUUUUCUGGAACAAGGUCUCGAAAAGCGGAUCUGUUAACGAGGCUCCUACCUGCGCUGUACAAGUGUCGAUAUCCAAACCGCCAGUUUAUCAUCGGUACUGUCGAAAAUCGGAGAUGGUACAUGUGCAACUUGAAAUUAAACGUGAUUAUCAGCAGAAUAUCAAUUUACAGGAGGAAACAAAAUGACCCCAAGAAAACCACGAUGCACAGAAUCCGAAAUCCGCAAGAAUUGUGCGUCGGUCAGAAAUAAGCAGGUGUCCUUUUUGGUCUUCUGAAAUCCAACAAAGAUGGCCAGACAAAUCUUUACCUCUUUAAGGGACAAAAGGGAAUUGGAAAAGUAUCCUGAUAAUUUCCGGAAAACAAGUAUCCUGAAGAAAGAAGUAUCCUGAUAAUUUCCGGAAAACAAACGCCAGAGAAGCAACAGCUCCAACACACUUGACUGGGUGUAGGUCAUGCAGCAGCACUCGGCUGGAGGUGCCUUCAAGGAGGCAAACACACAAGCGAACAUCAACAGAACCAAACACAUAUUACUGGCUGGAAUUAAUGUACUAGGAAUCGAUUGUAGAUGAUCUAUCAGCAACCGGCUGGAGUUUGGGGAAAUUAAUCUGAACCCAGUCCAUGUCCAGGAUCCGACGCAUAAUCGUUGCUGGCUGAUGUCCUGGUCGGCGGACACCAUCGAAUACUCAAGAGAAGAAGAGGAUAUGGUUUUGUGUAUGAUUAUGUUCCUUAUCGAGAUCAUUGGGUUUCCGAUGAGGAAAAACGGUUAUAUUUAAACAAGGGAGAAAGAAACGAGCGAAUCCAAAACCGUUCUCCUACGCAUUCUAUUACGGUGCACAGAGCCAAUAACGGCAUCUUCAGACUUCAUUUUGGUGCUCUGAUGAUUGUCCUUGAGUACCAAGAUUUUCUCGGUAUCGCCACAUACUGGCCUAAUAUUCAGAAAAAAAUAUGGCGAAAUACACCCGAGGGUACUAUUCACCGGAAACGUCACCCAUAGCCGUAACCAAUCGGAUGCCGCUAAGUUGCCCUCUAUCGCGCUAUUCUAUCUCUUCGAAUAUUGUCGUUACAGGGAAAAACUGUAAAAUCAGUUAAGCGACAAUGGAUUUUUCUCAGAGUAGCGCUGGACUGGCGACACAAUAUCUCAUUGAAACUACGCGAGUAGAAAUAUGCACCGUCAGAACAAGAGGUUCGCAUUGUUGUAGAGGAUUUACUACGAGGUGUUUUUUUUCUUAUUGAUGCAUUUUAACUACUUCUUAAUUGAACAUCAAUAGCAAAAUCGUCAAGUGUUAUCUUGUUUAUAACUGCUUCGAAUUCUUUGUUUCAUCAUAAAAUUAAAAAAAUUUUAAAAGACAAAAUGUUAAACGAAGUUUCGAAAAUUCUUGUUUAGGACCCGAUUUCAGUCUUCGGACUUGAUUAAAUUAGAGGGAAAAAACUGAUUCAUAUUUUAAAGGUGUUUUUUGCUAGGAAAUUACCACUAGGAGUAUUUUUAAGGUAGAAAUCUUAACCAAAAAGAAAUGACAAAUAAAAAAACCGAUUUUAUUAUUCGUAAAUGAAGAAGCGUGAAUCAGGAUUAAAAAAUCGAAGAAGUGGUUUGAAAUGAAACAUCUCAUAUGAGAUAAAAAUUAUAAUACUCAAACAAUAAUUCUAAAAUAUAUUAAAAGAGAGAUUGAAGAGUUAAAUAUCAAUUCGUGGGUCGUUUUUAGAAUAAUUAUCAAGUGUUGCGCGCGCCACGUCGACCAGCGAGCCUAGUCCGUCCCUGGUUGUCGACAACAAACGUCAGCCGUGACAACCGUUGGCGAACAAGCGAACCGGCCGCCGAACUGUGUGGAGAAAAAGAAAACUGGAGAAGGCGAAACGAGUGAAACGUGUUCGAUUCAGUUAGAAAGCUUUCUUAUAAAAAUCCGAAUUAAUUAUUCUAAAGUUGCUAGGUUGUUAUUUUUCUUUUAUUCCUAUUUGGUAAGCACUUAUACAGUGAAUUGAAUUUAGCUGAAAUUAAUUAAAAAUAUUACUAAAAAAUAGGAUCUACGUGCAAAUUGGAUAACCUAGAAAACCUUAACCUAAAUUUGUUGACUAGAACGUACAAGGACAGGUAAAAUUGAACAAUCUACUUAAACUAGCUUAAAACUAAUUAAAACGAUUAUAUACAAAGGUUCCUACGAACAGACUUCUUCUAAGUUGCCCGUAAAAGUGUUGCACGAUAGCGAAGAGCUACUACAGUAAGUAAUUUGUAAAAUAUUCUAAAGACUAUCUAACCUAAAAGUGCUCCUGUUGCAGGAAUUUUGUAAUUCUUUUUCUUCGUGAAAUAUACACAAGUCUUCACAAAACUGAGAAGUUUUAAUUCUAUCGGCAACAAAUUUACAAAAUUCUGUAAAUAAAUUGGAAUGGCAAGUCAACCCAAAGGCUCCCAGUCACGACGUCCUGCCAGUGUGUCCGGUGGCUCAGCCAAUGUUGGUGGGCAUGUUGCGAUCGGCGUAAACCAUCCGAUGAUGUCAUUUCUUUCGGAGACGGCGAGCCAACAAGUAACCGCAGCCGAAAUGGUAAACACUGCAAAAGGAGCCAUCCCCAAGGUACAGCCGCGACGUUUCGCCAGUGCGCCAGGUAUGCUAACCGAUGUUGGCCGUCAGGUCGUAAAUCGCGGAAACCAUCCGGAGGAAUCAUUCCCUUCGGAGACGACGACCCACCAGGUAAACGCUACCGGAACGGUGAGAACCACAGCUGAAGCCAUUCCUAAAGUACAAAAGAAGGCAACUAAGAUUAGAAGUAAACGAAUAUCAGUCCCUGUCAGACGAAACCCCCCUCGCCGCGUUCGCUUAAAUCCAGUCAGCAGUUGCGGGCUAUGUAAUGAGCCUGAUAAUUUUGCCAUGGUACAGUGCGACGAAUGCGACUGGUGGUACCAUUUCGCGUGUGUCGAAGUGAGUCAGUCAGUGGAAAACAUAAGCUGGUCGUGCCCCGGGUGCGCAAGUGUAGUCGUGGUGAGGACCCCCCGAGCAGCAGCGAAAAGUGUGCCCGAGAUCCAGCAGCCCAACCAGAAUCAACAACAACAAAAUCCACCCCCCAACGUCACAGCAUCGGUGAAAUCGUACGGGAAAUCAAGUAGGCGAAGUGAGAAAAGGAGAAUCGAGCUGCAGCUACAAAAACUGGAAGAAGAACGUACUUGCCAGUUGAAGUACCUGGAGGAGAAGUACAGCCUGCUUCAGGAGCUGGAAAGCGAAACUUCAUCUCUAGUCAGCCAUCCGGAUUCGAUGUUGGAGAAUGCAACAAAGGUUCGGCAGUGGAUAGAGGAUACGGAGAAAUGUGGCGACGAUUCAGGCCUCGUCGACGUAGGACCGGAAAACGAACCAGUGCUGUGCAACUCGUCGAAGCCCCAAGCGCUCGAGAAUUCAAAUCAAGAGCAACCGGUCGAUGAUGGAUCCGAGAUCGCUUCAUUACUCCGCGAACUGCUAGCUGUAGAUCGCCGAGCACCACCGGCGUGUGCUGUCCCGGUGAUGAAUUCCAGUAAUGCGGUCUCGCGCCCGAUUUUGAAUAAAGGUUCUGGCGCAGAACGAGGAAUGUCGGCCCCUAGACGGAAUUCAAAGACGAUUGUUGAAAUGUUGAGGCAGUUUUCGGAAAGGAUCGUUCCACCGGCAGACCAGCGGAGUCGUCGUACUACUCCGUCAAAUUUCCCUGAAGAAACAAUUGCAAAUCAGCGGGAACCGGAAUGCCGUCCGAAUGUUCAACCCGGUGUAUGUGCGCAACAAGAGGAACGUAGGGAAACUGGAACCUUCACCGGCGGAUUAAAUUUCAUUCCCGGACAAGGAUCUACCCCGGUCGCUCCAGUCCUGCAGCAGCAGCCACCGAUGCCCCCCGUAGCCGGAACCUUCGCCGGCGGAUUAAAUUUUGUUUCUGGGCAAGGAUCUACUCCGGUUGCUCCAGUCUUACAGCCACGGCCAUCGAUACCUCCCGUAAUCGGAUUCGACGACGGAGAUACUACCCACCGGCUGAAUAGAAGUCAGCUGGCCGCUAGACAAGCCGUGUCCAAGGAUCUGCCGGACUUCAAUGGGAAUCCUGAAGAUUGGCCGCUUUUCUUUUCGAUCUUCAACUCGUCCUCCCAGCUAUGCGGAUUCUCGAAUGAAGAAAACAUGCUGAGAUUGCGGAAAUGCCUUAGAGGAAAAGCGCUAGAGGCAGUCAAGUGCCGCAUGCUCCAUCCAUCGAACGUACAGGGAGUUAUGGACACCCUUAAGAUGUUGUAUGGACGACCAGAAACGAUCAUUCAGGCUAUCGUCAGGAAGAUUCGGGCAUUACCGUCUCCUAACAUCGAAAGGUUGGAUACGGUGAUCCAAUUCGCCCUCAGUGUCGAGAAUCUGGUGGCGACGGUGGAAGCAUGCGAAAUUGGGGAUUUUAUCUACAACGCUUCCUUGAGAUACGAGUUAGUGGAACGAUUGCCGCCAACGCUGAAGCUAGACUGGGCAAGAAAUUCCCGAAAUACACUCAACCCAAAUCUCUUGGACUUCAGCUCGUGGCUCCGUUUUAUCGCCGAGGAUGCUAGCGCGGUUUCAAUUUCUGCUGGCAGUGAUAACCGUUUUAGAUCUUCGAAAAAGGAUGGGUUUUUGAAUCAUCACGCAGAAGAAGACCGUCAACAAUCGGAGAAACCGUCGGUCGCUCAAGGGAGCAACAAACCCUUUUCAAAAGACUUCGCCAAGGCAUGCCCCGGAUGUAAAGGAAGCUGUUCAUCAUUGGCGGAAUGCAAACGGUUCAAGGAGCUCAGCUACGAUUCCAGAUGGGCGGUAAUACGAGAAUUCAACGUUUGUCGGAAAUGCCUGCGCAAACAUUACGGUCCAUGCAAGCAGAAAAAAGCGUGUGGUGUCAAUGGCUGUACGUAUUUGCAUCACUCUCUUCUACACAGCGAAGCAAGGAAAUCGACGACCACAACAGCUACUCCUUCAACACCAACUCCUCAAGCUCCAGCAAAUACCAGCUGCAACGUACACCAAGGACAGUCCGAAAUCCUGUUCAGAUUCGUUCCAGUUCUUCUACAUGGUCCGGCAAAGUCGAUUCGAACCUACGCCUUUGUAGACGACGGUUCGGAACUCACACUGAUGGAACAGAGUCUGGCGGACGAACUUGGAGUGCAAGGACCCACAAAACCCCUCUGUCUUCGAUGGACCAGUGGUGCGAACAGAACGGAGAGCCUGUCACAGAAGGUUAACUUCCAGAUUUCAAGCAUCCUAAAUCCAUCAAAAAAGUUUCCGCUUCACGAAGUUCACACUGUUAGGAGUCUGCAGUUGCGACCACAGACGCUGCAAAUUCCUCAGCUGCAGGAGAAGUAUCGGCAUCUUGGAGGUUUGCCGGUGGAAUCUUACGAAGAAGUCAGCCCGCGACUCCUCAUCGGAUUGGAUCAUGCAAGUCUGGGAAAUGCGAUGAAAUCCCGCGAAGGCAAGCCAAACGAGCCCAUAGCCGUCAAAACUAGGUUGGGAUGGAUGAUUUACGGGUGCUGUUGCAAAACGAACGACGAUGUCAGCCAUGUCAAUCAUCACAGCGUUCAGCUAUGCCAGUGCGAGACCGAUACGGACCAGGAGUUGCACGAAGCCAUGAAAAAGUACUUCUCUCUGGAGAGCCUCGGAAUCAGCAAACCGGAAAAACUGCUCCUGUCUAAAGACGAUCAACGAGCCAACGAACUCCUGGCAACGCUGACGACACGCAAGAAUGGCCGUUAUGAAUCCGGUCUUCUGUGGCGUUAUGACAACGUGCGGCUUCCGGACAGUAGAGCGAUGGCAUUACGGCGAUGGGAAUGUUUGUAUCGACGGAUGCAGAAGGAUAAAAACCUUGCGCAAGCAAUGAAUGCGAAAAUGCAAGAGUACCUGACCAAAGGAUACAUACGGAAGUUAACGAAGGAAGAGCUAGAGAUGUCCAACAACCGAGUCUGGUAUCUUCCGAUAUUUCCGGUAGUCAACCCUAACAAGCCCAAAAAGAUACGGGUUGUGUGGGACGCAGCUGCAAGCUGUUAUGGAGUAUCCCUUAAUUCCGUUCUGCUCAAAGGACCCGACCUGCUGGCUUCUCUUCUUUCAGUUCUGGUGCGAUUUCGGGAGUUCCGCGUAGCUGUUUCCGGUGACCUCAGGGAAAUGUACCACCAAGUCCUGAUGAGACUUCAGGACCAGCACUGCCUACGGUUCUUUUGGAAGGAGAAUCCAGAUGACGCUACACCCAGCGUAUACGUGCUGCAAGUAAUGUCCUUUGGGGCGUGCUGCUCUCCAAGUACCGCCCAAUACGUCAAGAACACCCACGCAAAGCAGUUCGAGCAGGAAUAUCCGAAUGCGGUCGACGCUAUCAUUCACCAGCAUUACGUGGACGAUAUGCUCAUCAGUGCCGAAACGGAGGAGGAAGCAAUCCAGCUAGCUACGGACGUGAAGAAGAUCCACGAGUCCGGUGGAUUUGAGAUGCGGAACUGGAUAUCAAACUCACCGGCGGUAGUUGCUGCGCUUGACGGAGAAGGGACCAACGAGAAGAAUCUGAGCAUAGGGGAAGCGGAGACCACCGGAAAAGUGCUCGGAAUGUGGUGGGAUACGAAAGCCGACUACUUCACAUACAAGGUAUCCGCCCGCCAUGACGCUGAGUUAUUGGCUGGUAAUAGACGACCGACGAAGCGUGAAGUGCUUCGGACCCUGAUGAUGGUGUUCGACCCACUCGGGUUGAUCAGCCACUUCCUCAUGUUCCUUCGAAGCCUUCUGCAGGAGAUUUGGAGAGCGUCCGUCGACUGGGAUGAGGAAAUUCACGACUGUCACUUCGAAAAAUGGCUGACCUGGUUGCGGAUUCUCCCUCAAGUUUCGAACGUGAAAAUUCCCCGCUGCUAUCGCAUCGCAACUUCUGCAGGAGAGAACACCGUCGUACAAAUGCACACUUUCGUGGACGCAAGCGAGAAUGGAUUUGCGGCCGUCGUCUAUCUGCGAUUCCAAGAAGGAAGUACCGUGGAGUGUUCGCUAGCUGGAGCAAAAACCAGGGUCGCUCCGCUAAAAUUUCUAUCUAUUCCGCGAUCUGAGCUGCAGACGGCUGUCAUUGGAGUCAGACUGGCGGAUUCGAUUCUGGCAUCUCUUUCGAUAAAGGUUCAAAGGCGCUACUUCUGGACAGAUGCGAGGGACGUGAUGUGCUGGUUGCAUUCGGAUCACCGGCGCUACAGCCAGUUUGUAGGAGUUCGAAUCAGCGAGAUACUGGAGUCGCCGGAGAUAAAAGAAUGGCGGUGGGUUCCCACAAAGUUGAACGUGGCGGAUGAUGGGACCAAGUGGAAGGGAUGUCCUGACUUGAGUGCAUCCAGCAGAUGGUUUUGCGGACCUGAUUUUCUUCGAAACCCCGAGGAAGACUGGCCUACGACCUCGCAGAUUGUGAAGGCGACCGAUACGGAGCUUCGUCCGCAUCUACAUCUCCAUUUCAAGGCUUUCGACCCGAUCAUCGAUGCUAGCCGGUUCAGCAAAUGGACAGUCCUUUUGAAAACUACUGCGUAUGUGUUCAGAGCCAUCAAAAAUAUGCAACGGUCCUUCCGAAACUCUCCGAAGGCGCACAGACCUUUCUCCCGUGAUGAGUUCAUCAUGGCCGAGAGCUAUCUCUACCAGGUGGCCCAAAGGAGCACGUAUAUGCAGGAAAUCGCCAUCCUGUCUACGAAGCUCCAAAAACCGUGUGAAAAACCGAUUCCCAAAAGCAGCUCCCUCUACCGCCUCUGUCCGAUCAUGGAUGAAAAGGGGAUUCUACGGAUUCGCGGACGAACCAACGCUUGCCAGUUCAUCGAUAGCAGCAUCGCCAAUCCCGUCAUUCUGCCACGAGACCACCAUAUUACUCGGCUUAUCGUACUGGACGUCCAUCAACGCUUCCUGCAUCAGAACCACGAAACCAUCGUAAAUGAGCUGAAACAACGCUUCUACAUUCCUCACCUCAAGGCAGUCUACAAGUCGGUCCGCAAUAGCUGUCAAACCUGCAAGAACGAAGGAGCUCGACCACAAGCACCGCUGAUGAGCGAUCUGCCGCCUGCUCGUCUAGCGGCCUACAGUCGACCUUUCAGCCACAUGGGGGUGGAUUAUUUCGGCCCAAUGACGGUAUCCAUAGGCCGCCGAACGGAGAAACGCUGGGGAGUCUUAGUCACUUGCCUGACCGUACGGGCAAUCCACCUGGAAGUCGCGCACUCACUGACAACUGAUUCGUGUAUCAUGGCUCUGCGCAACGUCAUGGGCAGGAGGGGAGUACCAGUCGCCAUAUACAGCGACCAUGGUACGAAUUUCGUAGGGGCCAAGAAGGAGCUACAGGCCGCACUCGAACAAUUGGACCACGAUAGGAUCGUAGCGGAAUUUACUUCAUCUCAAACCACCUGGCACUUCAUCCCUCCUAUGUCCCCUCACAUGGGAGGAGCUUGGGAGAGGCUGAUUCGGACGGUCAAACAGAACCUGGAGAAGCUGCUUCCGAGUCGUCUGCCAUCCGACGAAACGCUGCGGAGUACGCUCAUUGAGGUGGAAAGUAUCGUCAACUCGAGACCCCUGACGGAAAUACCUCUUGGCGACGAUCAAUCUCCUGUGCUGACACCUAACCAUUUCAUCAUGGGGUCGUCGAAUGGAAUGCUGCCGUGGACCUGCUUCGAUGACAACCCCACCCGAUUGCGGCAGAACUGGCGGAUGUCACAAAGCCUAGCGGAUCAAUUUUGGAAGCAAUGGCUGCAUGACUACCUCCCUUCACUGACUCGUCGAGCGAAGUGGUUCACUGAAGCGAAGCCGAUCAAGGUCAACGACAUCGUGAUCAUUGUUGACGCACGGUUUCCUCGCAACUGCUGGCCCAAGGGGCGAGUGAUCGCCACUAAUGUAGCACCAGAUGGGCAAGUCAGGUGGGCUACAGUGCAGACCGCUAAAGGUAUAUACGAGCGACCAUCCGUCAAACUCGCGGUGCUCGACGUCGGCGUAGGAGGAAAUGCAACUCAGAUGGAUCUUCGGUGCAUUGAAGGGGGGAGUGUUGCGCGCGCCACGUCGACCAGCGAGCCUAGUCCGUCCCUGGUUGUCGACAACAAACGUCAGCCGUGACAACCGUUGGCGAACAAGCGAACCGGCCGCCGAACUGUGUGGAGAAAAAGAAAACUGGAGAAGGCGAAACGAGUGAAACGUGUUCGAUUCAGUUAGAAAGCUUUCUUAUAAAAAUCCGAAUUAAUUAUUCUAAAGUUGCUAGGUUGUUAUUUUUCUUUUAUUCCUAUUUGGUAAGCACUUAUACAGUGAAUUGAAUUUAGCUGAAAUUAAUUAAAAAUAUUACUAAAAAAUAGGAUCUACGUGCAAAUUGGAUAACCUAGAAAACCUUAACCUAAAUUUGUUGACUAGAACGUACAAGGACAGGUAAAAUUGAACAAUCUACUUAAACUAGCUUAAAACUAAUUAAAACGAUUAUAUACAAAGGUUCCUACGAACAGACUUCUUCUAAGUUGCCCGUAAAAGUGUUGCACGAUAGCGAAGAGCUACUACAGUAAGUAAUUUGUAAAAUAUUCUAAAGACUAUCUAACCUAAAAGUGCUCCUGUUGCAGGAAUUUUGUAAUUCUUUUUCUUCGUGAAAUAUACACAAGUCUUCACAAAACUGAGAAGUUUUAAUUCUAUCGGCAACAAUCAAGUAAAAGCACUCUGAAAAGAUUUUAUUUAUAUUAGAGAUGUAUGCGGUAGAAUAUUGUUAUAAGACUAUCAAAAACUAAUGCGAAGGUUGUUGUGGUGGUAAUAAUGUAUAAAAUAACAUAAAAAUGUAAAUAAUUUGGUAGAAACCUUCCUAUUUUGAUAAAUAAUAAAAUCUCUGAAAAACUAUAACACGAAUCGUCUACUUUUUUUCAAUUUGAUCAUAAAACGAUCUUGUAAAGAUACGCUGUAGCGUCAGAAAUAAUUGAUAUGAACGAUUAACUGAAGAUUUAAUGUAUGAUUUUCAAUCCAGAAAAGUCUAGAAAAAAACAAAAAAAUUGAAUGGUAACUCUACUUAACGACCCGUUCCCUGUAUCGUAAAGUGCGUCCAAACGAUUCCAUUGCAUGAAAAUAUGAUAAGCCUUAUCUUAAAUUA